AUGCGCCACCCGCACCACGCACCCCGCCCGUCGCCCGUACGCCAUCCGCACCACGCACGACGUCCGUGCUCCCGUCCGCGAGACCCGUCCGCACCCCGUACCUGCACCCAGACCGCCGUUCUGCCCCAGAUCCCGCCCCCCCCCACCGACAACUGCCGCCUCACCCCCAUCUCCGGCUCUGUUACCAGCGGGAAGGGGAGGAGGUGUGGCUCGAAGGGGACGGCUGGGGGAGGGGGAGUGGCGGGGUUGGCGGCUCAUCCCGUGUCUUCCCCCCGUUCAGCCCGUGUCCUGCCCCAUUCUGCCCGUGUUGCCUCCUUCAGCCCGUGUUGCCCCGUUCUGUCCGUGUUGCCCCGUUCAGCCCGUGUCCUGCCCCGUUCAGCCCGUGUUAUGCCCUGUUCUGCCCGUGUUGCCCCGUUCAGCCCGUGUCUGCCCCGUUCAGCCCGUGUUUUGCCCUGUUCUGCCCGUGUUGCCCGGUUCAGCCCGUGUCCUGCCCCGUUAUGCCCGUGUUGCCCCGUUCAGCCCGUGUCCUGCCCCGUUCUGCCCGUGUUGCCCUGUUCUGCCCGUGCUGCCCCGCUCUGCCCGUGUUGCCCCGUUCAGCCCGUGUCUUGCCCCGUUCUGCCCGUGCUGCCCUGUUCUGCCCGUUUGUGCCCUACCCGUGCUGUCCGUACCCGUUGGUGCCCCACCCGUGCUGUCAGUUCUCGCUCGUGCCCCACCCGGUCUGUGCUGCCUGGUCUCGUGCUGCCCGUCACCCCCAUGCGGCCCGUCCCAUACAGCACCUAG